UGAAUUAAUAUUAUCACCAUCAUCAUAAAUGAAUAAUAAUAUUGAUAUAUGUAUAUUAUGUCAGUGACUAGUAUAGAGAUUUUUUGAUCAAUGAUUGUUUAUUAUAAUAUCUUAUAAAUAAUGUUCUUUUUAUUUUUAAUUAAUUUUAAUUUUAAUUAAACUGCACGAGUAAAAAUGGUAAAAAAUUAUCGUGUUGUCGUGUUUGGUGUGAAAGGUGUUGGUAAGACAGCAAUAUUGGAACAAGCUAUUUAUGGACACUUUAGCAAAAAUUAUAAAUUGUGGCCUACUAUCGAGGAUAUAUACCAGGCUUCUAUAGAAACUGAUAAAGGGAUACGUGAACAAGUUCGUUUUUAUGAUACUGCUGGUUUGGAUUUGACACAGUUACCCGAGGUUGGAUUGUAUUCAAAUCCAGAUCCAUCGCUUAUGUUGUCAUUUGGUCAAAUAGCUAAACAGUAUGCAUCCAUUGCAGAUGCAUUUAUAUUAGUAUAUGACACUAGUCGACCAGAAACGUUUGAUUGCUUAGUCACAUUAAAAAAAGAAAUUGAUAAAAAUAAGGAAAAAAAAGAUACCUUUUAUGUCAUUGUUGGUCAUAGAAUGCGAGAAAUGGAUAUCAAAGCUCCAACUUUAGAGAGUCCUACUAGUCGAGCUUCCCAUUGGUCUAUAAGAGAAAAAAUGAAACAUUUUGAAGUUAAUGCUUUAGACCGGACUAGUUUAUUUGAACCAUUUAUUUAUAUUGCAUCAAAAUUUAAUACUGCACAACCAAAGAGUAGUUUUCCUCAGCUAGUACGAAAAGGUACUCAACAUUAAUGCAGAUUAAUUUCAUUGAAUUAUAGUUUUUAUAAUGGUAUUAUUUUAUAUAAUAAUUUAUUAUGCAAUUAAUAAAUAUACAC